AUGUCUAAGAAACUUCACCUCAAAGAAACGCCUGUUGAAAGAGAGCAAAGGCUUCGAAAGGAAGAAAGGAGAGCUCGCAAGAAACAGAAACGAGGUCAGCCCGAACUUGGAUUCGUCUUCGAGCACGAGUCUGAAGAACGGCACUGGAGGCUCUCUGAGCCCGAAAUAUAUCGAACUCCAGGAGAUGUUGGCGCCUCAUAUAACUUAGCUGGAAGCUCAGGUGACACCCCGAAUUAUGCCGACUAUAAGAAGAUCGAAAAGGAGCUCGAAGAGGCCAAGUUCAGGGCCAAAUUAUUCGACGCUAUGGACGACGAUGAGCGCCUGGACUCAAUAGAGGCGCGCUUUAACGCAUAUCGUGUCCCAGAGCGCUGGCAGGAUUCUCGACAAGCAACGGAGAACCCUAACGAGAUGGAUGAAGACGAAUAUGCCGAGUGGAUACGGAGGGGGAUGUGGGAGAAAAAACACCAGCGCGAGAUGGAAGAAAGGCGAAGAAAGGAACAUGAGGCCGAAGAGCGCAGAGCACGCGAGAAGGCUCAACGGCGCGAGAUGAGGCGUCUAGAGGAACAAGAGCGUGCAAGGCGCCGUGAAAAGGGCCAACAAGCAAUCCAAGACGCAUUUGCAUCCUACCAAGCGUCCUGGGAUAGAUUGGCCUCAAUAUCCAAUGAUGAUCGCAUACUCACCUAUGCCGACAUACCGUGGCCCAUAUCACGAACAGCACCAUCAGAUAACGACAUUACCAUGGACUCAAUUGCUCAAUUCCUUCUCUCUGAGGCCCACUCUGUUGAUAAAUCGAAGCGCCGGCGUAUUCGAGACGCCCUCUUCAUCUACCACCCGGAUCGGUUCGAAAAGUGGAUCUCUAUGAUCAAGGAUGAUGCCGAUAGGGAGCACGUUCGCGAGACUGCUGGGAAAGUCGUUAGGCUCCUCAACCUCCUGGCCGACCAGUAUUCCUCGUAA